CCCCACAACCCUACGCGCUCCACACAUCGACAAUACGCAACCAUCACAAUGUACCCAUAUACAGCGGGUACGCCGUGCCCUGCGCCGAAUCCAUCAUUCUCGAGCAAUCGUUAUAACGACUAUGGGCACCCGACGUCUGUUUACGCGCCUAGCUAUGCACCAGACGACACAACCGCGAAUAUUGAAUACACAACAGAGCUGCAACCACAAGCAACACUACACAAGGCUAAGCCACGAAGACCGAUGCGCGCCAUGCGCAAGUCCGCGUUCAACCCGUCGCUGGACAUUUUCGAGGAUGUCGCGCACGAGGAAGAACAGCAGGCAGCUGUUGAGACGAAAAGCAGAAGCCGCGCAUCUGUAAUGCCAGAAGGCGCAAGAGUAAAGAAGAGCACGAUACUCGCGCAUCCGGCGCAGAAGAUCCACAAGGCUGUGGCGCCUGGUCAAGAGCCGCAAAGUCUCAAGCCACAACGGAGACGCGUCUCGCAGAUGCUUAUGGAAAGACAGACAGGAGAUGUCAACGCGACUCUACAGCUCCAGGAGGACUUGCUGGAGAAGAAAGAGCUUAGGAAGCAAGGCCCAAAAAAGGAUCCGCGUCGAAGGACUAUCUAUGUUCCAUCAGACGAUACCACGUUCAUGACAAUUCAUCCUGGACAGUCUCUAAAUCCGGCGCAAGGCUCAGGGGAGAAGUCACCUGACAUGGGAUUCGACCUAGUGACAUUAUCGGAGGAAGAUGACAGCCUUGUAUCCGCGCUGAAGAAAGAAGAUAAUAUUCCCAAGAACCCGCUGGCCGUGCCACCCAGGCGUGGUCCUUUGAGUUCCAGCUCGCGCUCGGUCCAGAGUGUCUCUUUCUCGAGCGACGUGGCGGGGUCGGGUGGUGGAAAGGAAAACCUGCCGCCAGGCGCGGAGUUCAUAGAGCGAAAAGGAGUCACCACACAUAUCGAGAUCAACUUUACCAAGCCAGAGACGAAGAAACCUGCAACGAAGGCGCCCAAAGCUCACUCCAACCCGUCAAAGGGGUCUGAUGCUAUACUCCAGGCAAAGACAAAGUUGGAAGGCAGCCAGAAACGAUUACGACCCCAGGCCAGUUGCGAAGGUAUGCCGGCAAAAUCUAUCAAGGCUAGGGCAGACGGAACCGCCCCCACAGCAAGCAGCAGAACCUCUUCAAGAGCAACAGUCAAGACCACCAAGCCUAGGACCUCAAGGCCGGCUCGUGCGCCGCUAUCGUCCUCCUCGCCUUUCCGUACUGAAAGAUCUCCGCCUGCUGCUAUACGCCGCCGCAAGGUAGAGCAAGGAUCGCCCACCAUCACCAUGAUGCAUAUCGUUGGCAAGCCGACAGCACCGCAAGAGAAGUACCCGGUUCUGAAGGAGGAUCUGACCCGACCAGAGCUAUACGAGGAUAAUUGGCUCACGUAUCAGGAAAUUGCCAUUACCCAACUCUUGAACUCAAUAUUCGAAACCUCGGAUCAGGAUCAAAACACCGAGCAGAGCCCCAAGGAACUAAGAAGGAAGAUGCUGGAGCUAUAUCACGAGCCGUCGAUGCCAUCAUUGCACAAGCGCUUGCAAGCAUCGCUGCAGUUUGGCGCGCUGAGUAUACCCAAGGAUCUCCUGGCCCAAACGCUACGAUUGAAGGAUGAUGUUGGUCUGCGCAAGAAGUUUUUGAAUCUAUGGACAAAGUCAUACGAUCUGAAAGCGCUCCGAGCAGCAGCUGAGGCCAUUGUUGGGCGUCAGAUCACAACUCCAUGCCGGCUAUCGACUGGCUCUGUAUGCUCCGACGAUGGUUCCCGCAUGUAUCGCGCAGAGCGACGAGCAAUCGAGAACUUUCUGGAUGCUUUCCUCAUCAAGAACGAGGAUGCCGUUCGUGUCAAAUCUGGAACUGGUAGCAUCGCCAGCAUCGCUCGCGGUGACAAUGAUUUCGGGUCUCCAGGCUGGUCAUGGAGGCGGACUGCCAUACGAAGCUUGAUGCUUGUAUUGCUUCUCGACAAGGCCAAGAUAACCAACGUCGUUCCUGGCUGUCUCUUCCAGACAACAUCGCCGCACAAAACAUCUGUUGAGAUCCUACACCAGCUGUCGACCUUGAUACUUCCCUCGCUUGGCGAUAUCACCCGGCCGCUCAACCAUCUGAAUUUCAAGGUCGGGCAUAUGCAGUACCCACUCCAGGAGUACACAUACAGUAUCGACAAUAUUGCGAUCGAACUCCGCGACGGCAUCAUUUUGACUCGGCUUGUUGAGCUCAUGCUCUACUCUCCAUCAACACUGGUUGCGCAACAGGAAGACACAGUCACGGUUACCAUGCCUUCCGGCGAACUUUUGACCAGCUCUUUCGACUUCUCGCAAAAGGACAGCUGGGUGCUGUCGCAACAUCUCAAGUUUCCAGCUAUCGGACGCCCGCAAAAGCUUUACAAUGCUCAGAUCGCGCUCUCGGCACUUUCCGGUGUCAAGGGUAUUCCAAUUCAGGCAGUCGGUGGCGUUAGAGCCGAGGAUAUCAUUGACGGACAUCGCGAAAAGACCCUGGCACUUCUGUGGUCGCUCGUUGGAAAGUGCGGGCUUGCAAGUCUUGUGGACUGGCCGCAGAUUGUGAAAGAGACGGAGCGCUUCCGUGAGACGUGGUAUACCCGCUGCGACAACUACCAAGAGCGAGACCUGGAUUCGGAAGACGAUGAUGCGACUACCGAACUUGGAGAGGGGUUGGAAUAUCAUAAGCGCCUCUUACUUUCGUGGUCCCGAUCUAUCGCUCGCCUCCAUGGCCUCCGCGUCACAAACCUGACGACUAGUUUUGCGGACCCGAAGGUACUUGAAGUGAUUGUAGAUACCUACCUCCCAUCGACACUCACCACGACUAUGGAGACUGGCAAGAUGGGGCUGGUAGCAAAGUUGAAAGCAGUUGGCUGCUCCACAUCCUUCAUCUCGCUUUUCAUGCCGCAACACGCCUCCGGACGUUCUAUCCCAUCGAAAGACUUUACACUUCUGACUCUCUCAUUCCUGGCCUCUCGCCUUCUGCCACUCUCUCUCAAACACCGCGCCGCAUCGAUCAUUCAACUCGCGUACCGCCGUCGUCUUGCUCGCCGCGAGAUUGGACAACGCGUUGCUCUCAUGAGGAUUGCGCAUGAGUGUGCCGCUGUUGCACAGAAGAGGGAGCGCUUGGUGCAAGCCGCUACCAUCAUGCAGCGACGCUGGAGGGGCGUUCUGGAACAGAGGAGACUCCAGUUGGAAAGCGAUGUGAUGGCUUUCCAGGCACUUGCCAGGGGUUGGGCGAUCAGACGAUGGGCGAGGAGGGCUACCGCUGGACGGGUUGGAGGAAAGGAGAAGGUGAGGCGGAGGUGGGGCGGGUGGUAAUCUUGUGAGGACCAUCGUUCUGGUGGAGAUCGCAGAUUGAAGUUCCAUCAAGGUUUUCGGUUUGGUGUUUUGGUGUUGGUUGGGAGAGACAUACUCUCGCCUUGGGUCUAGGUGUUUUUCCUUUGGCGUUGGAUAUCACAUCGUACUGUCAUGUCGCUUUUUCUGCUUUAAUGCUGGAUACCUCGGUCUGUUCAUCCGUUUACGUUAUUCAAUACGAAUUUGACGACUCUUGAUAUCAAA